UAUAAUGUCAAGCUGCUAGUAAAGAAAUUCUUUUUUGAUAAAUUAGACAAAAUCACUUUUGUGAUUUGAAAAACAAUAGUGAUAAAAUGCAAAAAUUUUUAGAAAAUAUUCACAAGCUUGAAGAUGAUGAAUUGGAGAAUGGGACCCUUACCGCUGAUGGAUACGGACAGUUAUUUUCCUUUUAUUUAUUAAAUGAUGAUUUGUCGAGCUCUAAGUUUUUGUGGAAAAGAAUACCAAAUAACUGUAAAGGUGACAAGAAUUUGGAGCGUCUUCAUAAGAUUUAUCUUGCGAUGUGGAAUUGCCAAACAGAUUUGGUGCUAAAAUUAAUAACAUCUUGGGAAUGGCCAAAUGAACUAAAGCCAAUGAUAUCGGAAUUGGAAGUAAAGAUUAAACAAACAACACUAAAUGUUAUCGGAAAUGCAUAUACAACAAUUUUUGAAAACAAUUUAUGCCAAAUGACUUGGCUUUCACCAGUAGAGUUAGAAGAUCAAUGCAACAAAUUAAAUUGGAAUAUUGAAAAAAAGCAGAAUGUUCAUCUGAUUUAUCCAAAAAGACCUGUCCCUGAGACGAUACCUAGUGCAUCCUCAGAAAACCAGCUUUUUACGUUAACUGAUUUUGUAUCCUUCCUUGAAAACUAAAGUUAAUAAUAAAUGUAAAUAC